CUCAUAUCUCUCUCCAUUUUAACAAAAAUAUAUAUUUUUUUUCGAAAACCCCCUCAUCUUCUGCAGUCUUCGCCUGAAAGAGGGCAUAUAAGAAAAAAGAGAAAGUGAGUGGUGAAAAUGGAAUAUACUGGAAAACAUAGGGAGAACAAUGGAAGAAGGCCAAAGGUCGUAAGGCGGUCACCAGAGGGUCAUCAAAAACCCCACUUGUGUCCUCAUCCUCUCUCUAUUCCUAGUUCUACUACUGGGUGGUCGAUUUUAGCUGAUGGGUCUGCUUUAGAUCAUUCCAAGAGUCCACAGAAGCUUGAGUUGGUGGUCGAUCUCGAACCGGAUUCGAAGGGGUCUAGUUUGGCAGUCGAACCCAAUAAACAACAGCGUAAGAGCUGUGAAAAAGGCUUAAUAUCUGAUAAGCUUCGAAGCUAUUUUUACCAUUUUCAUGGCCUUCUUCUGAAGGAGAUCUGUGACCAGGAAACUGUUCGGCCUAUUCCUCCAAUUCUAGGAGAAGGGAAAUGUGCUGAUUUGUUUGAGCUUUUUUUGGCUGUGAGGGAGAAAGGUGGCUGCAAUGCCGUCUCGAAGAAUGGGUUGUGGGGUUCGGUGGCUGAAGAGUCUGGGCUCGGUUUGAAAUUCGCGGCGGCUGUGAAAUUAAUCUAUAUCAAGUACUUGGAUACUUUCGAGAGGUGGUUAGAUAGAAUAGUAGUUGGCAGUUCGGAAUUUGAACUCAGUCAUACUAGUGUCUCCGAUGUGGGUAGAUUUCUGAUGGAGUUACAGACUGAUUUUAAGGACUUUUUACCUUCGGAUCAAAAUGCGGUUGUGUCUUAUGAUCUCUUUUUCGGUGAUACUCCGAUGAAGAGUGAAAAAUCUAUUGUAGGCGAUGUCAAAGAGACUGUAGUGGUUGUUGAGUCAGAUGAUAAUACAGAUGACGAUGAGAUGACGGUUUUAGAUCCUGCUACAGUAGACAGGGAGAAAUUUUCACUCACGAGAAAGCGAAAGGAACCGGAGGAAGGUGACGAUGGAAUAUUGGGGGAUGAAGAAGAUGAUGAGAAAAAGAGCAGGGUGCUGGAUUCUGGGCCGGCGGUUGAGGAAGUGAACGGUGAUGUUGAUGAGGUGAGUCGGGAGUCUUUGAGGGGAAUUUUGGGUUGGAUCUCAAGGAUUGCUAAAGAUCCUGGUGACCCUGUUUUUGGUUCAUUGCCAGAACCGCCGAAAUGGAAGUCUCAUGACAAUGGGGAAAUAUGGAAGCAGGUCUUGUUGGCUCGAGAGGCCAUUUUUCUGAAGAGAAACGUUGAUUUGGGUCCUGAACAGUCUAAUUGGCAGAAAACUCAAAGGAUGCAUCCAAGCAUGUAUGGUGAUCAACUAGGAUCAUCCUACAAUCUCAGAGAGAGGCUAAGAUGCCGCAAGAAGCUUCUUAAUGGGAAAUCGGCAUCACAAGGACAAGCCUAUUCAGAUUCAUCCUCUCCCAUGAGUGAUUUGGACAGAAGUCCAGGACAUGGCAUGCCAAGAUCUGAAGAUCAUAUUGGAACAGGUGAUUCAUCUAUGGAAUCUUCAAUUAUAGAUAGGUAUAGUCCAAGCCGUAUUCCCACAGGACCUGCUUUUCAAGCUCAAGUACCGGCUUGGAUUGGUAAGACUUGUGAAAGUGAUUCUAAGUGGUUGGGGUCCAAGGUUUGGCCACUGAAUCAAUCGGAGCAAAGGUUUCUUGUUGAAAGGGAUCCUAUUGGAAAGGGAAGGCAAGAAAAUUGUGGAUGUCAAGUGCCGGGUUCUACUGAAUGUGUCAAAUUUCAUAUUGCUGAGAAAAAAAUGAGAGUGAAACGUGAAUUGGGCUCGGCUUUUUACCUGUGGAGAUUCCCUAUGAUGGGAGAGGAAGUUACUAUGUUUUGGACAGAGGCUGAAGAAAAGAAGUUUAAGAAUAUAGUGAGCUCAAAUCCUCCCUCUCUUGAGAAGUGUUUCUGGGAUGAAAUUUACAAGUACUUUCCACGUAGGAAGAAGGCAGAUUUAGUGAGCUACUACUACAAUGUUUUUCUUUUGCGUCGUAGAGCACUUCAGAACAGGUUUACUCCAAGUAACAUUGACAGUGAUGAUGAAGAAUCAGAACCUGCUUUAGAGACCAAAGGUUUUGGGCAGGAAACACCAAAGCCAUCAAUCCUGUUAACCCCAAUCAAACACCAUAAAAAGUAACAAUAGCUUCUAGUCAAUACCCCAGCAACCACACCCUUUUGAGACCUGUAAAGCUUCUGUAUUUUUUCCUUUGUGAUUUUGAAUGGCAAUUUUGGAUAUCAACAGAUCAUUUUUCACCUUGCACAAGACAAAAGUAGCCAUCACUCACUCACCCCCGCCUUAAAUGUCGGAAAGAAACGCAUCCAACUGUGAAGAUUUUAAGCUGAAAGCUUAUUUGGUGUCUGGUUUCAAAUUUUGAGAUAUUCUUCCUGUCUAUUCUUGGUCUUGAUCGCUAAUUCAAGUAUAGAUACUUUUCAAUUUGCUCCCUUUUUUUAUUUCUUUUUGGUUCUAGAGAUUAGAGAGCGAAAAGACUGAAUGGAAAGAUAAGCUUAGAAAUGCGGGAAAAGCAGUUGGAAGUGGAUGGGUCAGAAUACAUUACUGUUCUGAAAUGCAUAUCGUAGAUUUGUGGUCAAGGGAAUUAGAAUUGGUUUUUGAAUAUGGUAUAGAAUUGUUUUUCCGUCAUUUUCACUUUGGUCUCCGUUUUCCAAAAAAAUUGGUACUUUUUUUCUUUUUAAUUUUUAAAUUUGGGGUUUAGCAUCAUAUAGUUAAUUUUUGCUUGUGUUUUAGGACAGUACUACGAAGACAAAGAAGUGUUUUGUGUUAUAGGGUGUUUGGGGUGAAAAUAUUAAAUCUUUACAAAACACUUAUCACUGAAUUAUUGUGCUGUCAAGAUAUUGAAGCAGUACGAUAAUGCUUCUAACUCGAAUACAAUAGUGUAUUUUCCAAUUUCCAUUCAAAUAUUAAAAUUAACGUUUGAUACAUAUAUUUUUA